GAGGAAGGAGGCAAGUUGACCCCACUGAUAUGCGAGUCCAAAACAGCAAAGCCAAGGGGAAAAUGAAACGCAAGGCUUGUAGUGCUUCUUCUUCUCGCAUCUAACACCAUCCAUUGAUGGCCCUCCACCAGGUCUUUUCCGUCUUAGCUUCGAGUCCACCCAAAGGGAUUAGAAUUCCAUUUGGCUGCUUCUCAUCUCGUAAAUUGUGUACAUUUCUUGACUAAAGUUUGGAUUUUUAGGGUGAAUCUCAAUCUGGGCUUUAUGUGUUUACACUUUGUAGUAGUCAUACUAAUUAUUCUUCUGCUGCUCAUCAGUGAAUCUUGAUUGUCUCUAUUAUUUACUGAUUUCCGAUUUCUCAUAAUGCUUUCCCCAAAGAUUCUUCCUUUGGGCAACCAUUCCCCAUUUUCUCUUUUCUGUAUAUCGAGCUGAUGUUUCUCUGUUUGUUUGGAUUGAGAGAACUGUGCUGAAUUUUGGGUGUUUGAGAUUUGGUUUUUUUAAAGACUAGGAAAGCUGAGGUGAGGUGAGGAUGUUGGGGUCAGGGAUGAAUCUGAUUACCACAGUCAUUGGGUUUGGGAUGAGUGCAACUUUCAUAGUAUUUGUGUGUACUAGGUUGAUUUGUGGGAGGCUUCGCCGCCGGCAGUCAAGGCAAAUGUUUGAGAUUGAAUCAAGAAUUGAUCUUGAACUGCCAGAGCAUCGAAAUAAUGGUCUUGACCCAGUUGUGGUUGCUGCAAUUCCGACCCUGAAGUUCCACCCCGAAGCUUUCAGUUCUUCUGAAGACACACAGUGUACGAUAUGUCUUGCUGAGUACCAAGAGAAGGAAGUUCUGAGAAUCAUGCCCAAAUGUGGCCAUACUUUUCACCUCUCUUGCAUCGAUAUAUGGCUCAGAAAACAGUCCACCUGCCCCGUUUGUCGCCUCUCUGUAAGAAACUCUUCUGAAAGAAAACAAAGACACCCUGCAAUACUCGGGCAAGACGAAUCCUUUGAUAGUUCCGAGGUUUCAAUGGGGCAUUCCCGGCAACUACUGCUGUUUCCUACUGCUGAGCGUUCACAGGUUGAUGCAAGUAACGAAAGAGAUACGGAAUCCGUUGCAAUAGAAAUCGAACCUGCGGGUUCUGCAGAAGCAGCAGCAGUGCCAAGAUCAUGACUGAAGGAGAACUGUGUUAAUUUACGACGAACGAAUGGCAUUUCCCUUUGCUUCUUCCCCAGAAUGAUAUUGAUGUUUGCUGGUAUAAUUAACUUGUGUAAAUAUUUUUCAGCUCUGUAUUUAUUAGGUCAGCUGUUUUUGCAGUCCAUUCUGAGUUCUAAUAGAGGUCCAUACAGUGAUAUUCUGGAAAUUCUGUAUCUUGUUUUGAUGUUACUGAUUUCCCACUCUCAUACUAUCAUUGCAUAAACUUGGAUACAAAAUUUCAGAUCA